UGUUUUGUAGCGGUUAGAAAUCGAGGAGCGCCAGCCAUAUAAUGAUAAGAAAGGAAUGAUUUACAGAUGUUGUCUUGUGCUCUCUUGUCUGGGCAGCGUUGAUAAAACAUACAAACACUCGCACCAUCCGAUGAUGUUCGUAUGAGCAGUGUCAUUGGAACUCUGUGUCUGUCACAUACAGAGGACAAGUAAAUGGCUGCCAAUAUCUCUCUCCUUAACGUCCCAUCAUCACCAUCCAUCUGUGUUCAUAAGCUUCAAAUCCCACCCAUCAUCACCUCAUCUUCGUUUCCUGCCAUACAAAAUGGAGGGAAAUGUAAAUUUAGUAGCAUUCUAGCUUGUGCUUCUUCUUCAAAUGGGAGAGAGCCGGAGUCUGUGGACAAUGGCGUGAAGAAAGUAGAGAAGAUUCUUGAGCAGAAACGACGGGCUGAAUUGUCUGCCAGGAUUGCUUCUGGAGAGUUCACAGUGCAGCAAUCUGGUUUUCCAUCUGUAUUGAGGAAUGGCUUGUCAAAAUUGGGAAUUUCAAAUGAGAUUCUGGACUUUCUAUUCAAAUGGGCUGUUGACAUGGACAAAGAUUAUCCGAAGAUUCCAGAGGCGAAAGGGAAAAUAAGCGCCAUCAGGAGUGAGCCCUUCUUCAUACCCUUGUAUGAGCUUUACCUCACAUAUGGUGGUAUUUUUAGGCUGACUUUUGGACCCAAGUCCUUUUUGAUUGUUUCCGAUCCUUCCAUUGCCAAACAUAUACUGAGGGACAAUUCAAAGGCUUAUUCUAAAGGUAUCUUAGCAGAAAUUCUAGAAUUUGUCAUGGGAAAAGGACUCAUCCCAGCAGAUGGGGAGCUAUGGCGUGUCCGAAGACGUGCUAUAGUGCCCUCAUUGCAUCAGAAGUAUGUAGCAGCCAUGAUUAGCUUAUUUGGAGAAGCAACAGAUAGGCUUUGCAAAAAGCUAGAUGCAGCUGCUUUUUAUGGGGAAGAUGUAGAGAUGGAGUCCCUCUUCUCCCGUUUAACACUGGAUAUCAUUGGCAGGGCAGUAUUUAAUUAUGACUUUGAUUCACUAACAAAUGAUACUGGAAUAGUUGAGGCUGUUUACACAGUUUUGAGAGAAGCAGAGGAUCGAAGUGUUGCACCAAUUCCAAUAUGGGAGAUCCCAAUUUGGAAAGACAUUUCACCUAAGCAAAAGAAAGUUGCUGCAGCACUCAAACUGAUCAAUGAUACACUUGAUGAUCUGAUUGCUAUUUGCAAGAGGAUGGUUGAUGAAGAAGAUCCACAGUUCCAUGAGGAAUACAUGAAUGAACAAGACCCCAGUAUUCUCCACUUCCUGCUGGCAUCAGGAGAUGAUGUUUCUAGCAAGCAACUCCGUGAUGACUUGAUGACAAUGCUUAUAGCUGGCCAUGAAACAUCUGCUGCAGUUUUAACAUGGACCUUUUAUCUUUUAUCAAAGGAGCCAAUAGUUAUGUCCAAGCUCCAAAAUGAGGUUGAUUGUGUUCUAGGGGAUCGAUUUCCAACCAUAGAAGACAUGAAGAAACUAAAGUACACAACUCGAGUAAUUAAUGAAUCAUUGAGGCUCUAUCCACAACCACCAGUCUUAAUUCGUCGCUCUCUUGAGGGUGACAUGCUCGGAAAGUACCCCAUAGAAAGGGGUGAGGAUAUAUUUAUUUCGAUCUGGAACCUCCACCGCAGUCCAAAUCUUUGGGAUGAUGCAGAUAAAUUCAUUCCUGAUAGAUGGCCUUUAGACGGGCUCAAUCCAAAUGAAACAAACCAAAAUUUCUGCUAUUUGCCCUUCGGUGGAGGACCACGGAAAUGCGUAGGUGACAUGUUUGCUUCUUUUGAGGCUGUAGUGGCCGUUUCCAUGCUUGUUCGGAGAUUUAACUUUCAAGUGGCACUUGGAGCACCACCGGUUGGAAUGACAACAGGAGCAACAAUUCACACAACAGAAGGGUUGAAGAUGACAGUCACACGACGAACAAGACCUCCCAUAAUGCCAAAACUGGAGAAGACAAUGUUUGAAGUGGAUGAAUCAACUAGUGGUCCUGAAGGAGAGACCCAGCUGGGUCCGAAAAGUGAAGUUUCUUCUGCCAAUUUCUGAUUGCUAUCUUGUUAAGAUCAGCUACGCACCAUAUUGGAUAUGGCUGUCAUGGAAAGGAAAUAGGAAUAAUAAAGUAAAAGGAAAUUUAAAGGAUUCCCCUUACCAGUUUGAAGGUUUGAAAAUAUGCAACCAUCCUGGAAUCGGUUGGGGUUCAUUUCCUUUCAAGACACAGGUACAAUUCCCCAAUUGGUGUUGUGUUUAUUUCCAAAUGGAUUAUAUCAUGAUCUAUACCACUGUAUCAAUUCCUUUUUGAGUAAAACGAUUGUGGGCCAAGACAAGUUAUACGCA